AUGGAAGUUUGGCACAACAUUCGUAACCGAGAUAAUCCUGUUAGCUGGGUGAAUAUGGUUUGGUUCGGCCAGUGUAUUCCCCGGCAUUCUUUUCACCUUUGGCUAGUUAUUAAAAAUAAGCUCCGAACACAGGACCGGUUGCGUGUUUGGGAAGCGGGUAGUGAAACAAACUUAAGACUCAUGUGCUGCCCACUUUGCCAGCAUGACAGAGACUCUAGAGAUCAUUUGUUUUUCUCUUGUGAUUUUGCUUCGCAGGUUUGGAGGGAAGUAAGGGCUAUGGUUGAUAUGGAUACCGUCUCUGGAUCUUGGGUUUCCAUUUUGGAGUGGAUGGAACGGUACUCGAAUUCUAAUACUCUAGAUCGAGUGGUUUGUAAGCUGGUGAUAGCUGCUGCGGCUUAUUAUAUUUGGCAGGAACGCAACAAUAGGCUUUUCAACAGAAGUCAGGGUUCGGUGAGCCAGAUUGCCGAGAAGAUUAAACAUACUGUCCAACUUCGGUUGAUGGAUUUCAAGCUUCAAAAGCGAAUGGAUUACAAAAGAGUUGUAACGAGAUGGCAGAUCCCAGAAAGGGUGCUGAUUGAAGACCCGGGUUAA